AACCGUUUCCCCCCUCGAGCAAAAUGUGCACGCAACACUGGUUUUCGCUUACGUGAGACUCCUUACGCUCUCGCGAGAUUACUGAGAGAUUUGCCUCGAAAUAUUUAGUGUACCCUAGUCGAAUUAACAGAAGCACGCCUUAACAACGUGUUCGGCGGAGACUGAGGCUAACGUCCACCUCCUUAACUCAGAAGUAGAAGAAGGAACCUGAAGGAGUGACCAUGGCAGCUUCCGAGGGAAACAAGUUGUGGGGCGGUCGAUUUGUAGGGAACACAGAUCCCAUCAUGGAGAAGUUUAACGCGUCAAUAUCCUACGAUCAGCGCAUGUGGGAUGCAGACAUCAAGGGCAGUAAAGCCUACGUGAAGGCACUGCACAAAGCCAAGCUGGUCACGCAGGAGGAAAUGGUGCAGAUUCGGGACGGCCUCGAUUGGGUUUGGGGUGAAUGGUCCAGUGGUACGUUCCAGAUCAAGCCGGGAGACGAGGAUAUUCACACAGCCAAUGAGCGUAGACUAAAGGAACUGAUUGGAGAGGCAGCUGGAAAGCUUCAUACUGGCAGGAGCAGGAAUGAUCAGGUUGUGACAGAUAUGAGGUUGUGGUUACGGGAUGCGAUCACCACUCUGAAGGGAAACACCGUCCAACUUAUCACAACCAUGGUGGAAAGGGCAGCUGCAGAAAUCAACAUCCUUUUUCCUGGAUAUACACACAUGCAGAGAGCGCAGCCGAUCAGGUGGAGCCACUGGAUCCUCAGUCAUGCAGUGGCGCUGAGCAGAGAUGUGGAGCAACUGGAGGAAAUCGGGAAGCGGGUCAACAUUCUGCCUUUGGGAAGUGGAGCCAUCGCUGGGAACCCCUUCAAUAUUGAUAGGGAACUUCUUCGAAAAGAGCUUGACUUCGACGGGAUCAGCAUCAACAGUAUGGAUGCAACCGGACAGAGAGAUUUUGUCGCUGAGUUCCUUUUCUGGGGGUCGAUGUGUCUCAUGCACCUCAGUAAGCUGGCAGAGGAUUUGAUGCUGUACAGCACCAAAGAGUUCUCCUUUGUCACGCUGUCUGAUGCAUACAGCACAGGGAGCAGCUUGAUGCCACAGAAGAAGAAUGCGGACAGUCUGGAGCUCAUCCGCAGCAAAGCAGGGCGAGUGUUUGGCAGAUGUGCAGGGUUUAUGAUGAUACUCAAAGGUCUCCCCAGUACAUACAACAAAGAUCUACAGGAGGAUAAAGAGGCCAUGUUUGACACCUAUGAUUCAUUGCAUGCUGUACUGCAGGUGACUACAGGUGUCAUGUCCACACUGCAGGUAAAUGAGAAAGUCAUGGAGGCAGCGCUCAGUCCAGACAUGCUGGCCACUGAUCUGGCUUAUUACCUCGUCAGGAAAGGAAUGCCUUUUAGAGAAGCCCAUGGCUGCUCAGGAAAAGCUGUGUAUCAGGCUGAGUCUAAAGGUGUCCCACUGAACCAGCUUACUGUGGAAGACCUCCAUACUGCCAGUCCUCUGUUUGACAGCGACGUGUCCUCAGUGUGGGACUACACGAGCAGUGUGGAGCAGUACAGCGCCCCUGGUGGCACAGCACGGAGUAGCGUUACAGCACAGAUAGAGCACAUGAGAGCCUGGCUGAAGGUCCACAGCGUAUAACUGCUCAUGCGACCGUAACGUACACCAUCAGAAAAUUACAAUCAUUCAUCAACAUUAGCAUAUUUUCAAAUGCAGGACGUUUUCAAGGAAACAACAUUUUUACCGCAUCCCACAGGCUCUGUCAGAAUCCUAUACGGUUACAAUAACAUGUUACUGCAUACAAGAUUUUUGGGAUUACUUAAAUAAUUAAUCUAAUAAAUAAAUAAUUUGAUUAUAGAGACACAAAGAAAUAAAGAAGCUUUAAAAUAACAUAUUUCGAGUAGCUAGUAAUUACCCAAGACAUAUCAUCAUAGCACAUGUAAGUCAUGUGGUUUAAAAUCCCAGCACCCUCCAAUAGCUUCCCACAUCUCUAAUGGUGUUGCCGCUCCUUUUCUUUCCACAUUCAUCCUAAAGCAAAGCAUUCUCUAAAUUCUUUCUUUGUGGGAUUUUGGUGCAAGUUUUUAAUCAUAUUGCAAACAAAUGAAUAAAGAUAAGAAUAUUCCAGUUUCGUACUACA